AUGAAACGUACGUUGAGGUCAGAUAUCGGAUUUUAUCGAAUAUCGGUAAAUUCCGGAUUAUGUAAAUUACCGGUCACUCCGAUGACGAAAUUUGAAACAUAAGUUUUUAAUAUGGUUCAGGACAUUGAAGCAAGGGUUACAAGAGAUUAUGCAAUAGAUCAUGUUAUUAUGCAGAGUUGCAGCCUUACGUCUGUCAGAGGAAAGCCCAUGAUCUCACUUGGUUUAAGUGGAUUUUCAGACCUUCUGUCCAUUGCGCUGGUUUCGCCAUCCUGCCGUUUGUGCCUGGCGUAUAAUUGCGCAGUAGCUAUAUAUGCUUAUUUUCUGCAUUUCUUAGAUCCACUGUGGACCAAGUAGGCGACGUUUUGAAGGAAGUUCUUUUUUCCGCCAUAAACAAAUCGGGAAAAUCUCCCAAGAAAUUGUGCCCUGAAAGAAUACAUAGUUUUGCUGAAGAUACUCCAGUGGACAGACUGCCUUGUUAUCACCAGAGAAGCGAUUCUGUUACUUCAGUAAUUAUUCCAGACAGUUUAGUCACAGAGACUGUAAGUUUAAUUCCAGAAACAAUACGCGCUGUGUCCACGUCCUCGAUACACUUGAGUUACGAGAAACCUGAGCCACGAGAUAGGAGAUUGGCAAGCGAUAGUUUUGAAGCAUUUUUAGAUGAAGUGAUGUAGUCGUAGAUCAUUAUAUCGCCACAGG